ACCCGGACUCACAAUCUGUUUGGAUUUAUGUUCUGGGAAACUAUAUGACUGUGAUGAUGACAAAAAGAGGAAGAGUCAGUGCAGGAGUAACCACUAACGCUUCCUUACCGAUUAUCCCCGCCCCCCGACAUCAUGGACCAGUCACAAUGAAGCAGAGCAACAUGGGUAACACAGAGAGUGUGGUGGUGCAGAAGCGGCUGGCCCGCUUCCGCCCUGAGGAGCGGCCUGUGGUUGAGGGGGUCUUCGACAGGCUCCAGGGCGGUGCUGGGGGCCCUUCAGGAGCCCCAGGGAAAACACCAGCAGGGAAGACUCUAACACUUGAGAUGCUGCAGUCUUCAAUGGGCAGCCUGGCCCCAGACUCCAUUGUAAAGAGGGUCUACCAGUGCAUGUGUAGUAUCGACCCUGGACUGGCAGCACCCGCAGCCUCUGGGAAGACCAGAACCUCUGCUGUCUCAGGGGUAGGACGAGAGCAAUUGGUCAUCUUCCUAGCAGACACCCUGCGAGGCACUGCAGAAGAACGGGCUCCUCUCAUCAUGGCCAUGUCCCAGAAUGGAGCAGGAGGAGCAGCAAUGGUUGUCACAUGUGAGCAGGUAGCAGAGUUCCUACAGGACCUGAUUUCUGCUGUAGUUCAGAUUCUGGUCCACAGAGGGCGUCUGCAGGGCUGGAAACCAGAGAGAAUGGGUGAUUGCUCCCUGGGUGUCAAACUCCUGGCAGAGCAGAUGUGUUCUGAACUCAAACCCUCAGAUCAGAGAGGUUGUGAUGUUUCCUGUCUGGAGGACUGGAUCUUCAGGGUCUCCCAGGUAUCGUUGUACCUGGAGAUGCUGGUAGCUGAGGGCCUAAAUGUGUCCCUGAGUGGUCGGCCAGCCCCCACCCUGCUGCCCCCCUGCAGGGAGACGCCCUGGAAGGAGCUGAGGUGUCUGCUGGACCUUCUCACCCUCAUGUUUCUGGCACCACAGUUGCCAGACAGCUACAGCGCCCCCUGGAGACUUGUGUUUUCCACACGGCUGCAUGGGGAGAGCUUCACCAGGAUGGUGGCCGGCCUGACAAAGCGGGGGCCCACCCUGCUGCUUAUAAAAGACACAAAGGGACAUGUUUUUGGGGGCUUCGCCUCCCACGCCUGGGAGGUCAAACCUCAGUUCCAGGGUGACUCCAGAUGCUUCCUGUUCACUGUGUUCCCCAAACUGAGAGUUUAUACAGCAACAGGAUACAACCAACACUUCAUGUACCUCAACCAGAAUCAGCAGACCAUGCCCAACGGACUGGGUAUGGGCGGUCAGCAUGGCUACUUUGGCCUGUGGCUGGACAGUGAUUUUGGCUGUGGUCAUAGCCGUGCACGGCCCAAGUGCACCACCUACGGCAGCCCUCAGCUCUCUGGAGAGGAGGACUUCACCCUGGACUCAAUGGAAGUGUGGGCAGUCGGAAAACCCCCAGAACCAGAGGGUGAGGAAGGGGGGGGCAAGAAGAGUAUACUGGAUGUGGAUCCAGAGGUCCAGGCCAUGAUGGAGAUAGCAGGGAAGACUUUGCAUAGUCAGGGCCUCAGGGAGCCAGAGAAAGACCAGGAGGAGUGAGGGGCAACAGGGAGCUAGACCAAAACAAUCUUACCUUAUUGAGGCUCCCGGUCCACCUGGUACUGACGCAAGUUGGGAUUUUAUCAUCUGACAUAGCUGGAUAACAUUCACAUCUGACUUUAAGUCAUGUCUUCAACGUGCACAGUGAUAUCAGAUUACUCACACUUAACUAACGCCUUUCAUUCUGCUUGGACCCUUUAACACACAAACUGCUGCUUCUUUUAAUGACAAGUGGCACUAAAGUCAUCGUCAUGUUUACACAGAUCAUGUUUAAGAUGGCGUUGGCUAUGGAAGAUAUUAUCACAACAUAAACCAGGCUAACAAAGCCUACCCAGGUCUAAAGGCAGCUUAUUAGUAGUCUGUAAAAUCUGAUCUGACCCUUUCACACACAGCUGAAAGCCAACAGUGUGGAGGCUUCAAGCCAGCUUUUGUCUUCAGUGUGAAAGGGACCAAUGUGUCAUGGGUGUGUUCAUACUUAUUUCCACCAAGAUACACUAGUGUUUGAUAGAAGAAAACUUUUUUGAAUGAAUAUUUGAGAAAUAUCACAGAAAUAUCUGUUAGAGAAGAGGCAGCGGAACCAGUCUCUUCACCAGCAGUAGCCUCAGUCGACCAGGAUGCAAUACAUCCAGUACAUCAUCUCCAUUGAAAUCAAUAACUGAAGUAUUAGGUUGAGGAAAGGGAGCACAGUAACAGUAAGCUACGCCAUUACUAAUUGUGUAUAAUAGUAAAAUGAUACAUGGAAUUAUCCUGAAGGUCUGGCUUCAUAGUAGAUCCUCUUAAACCCAUUUUUAGAAAAGUAUAAUUGUGAAUUGCUAUGUGACAGAUUAUUUUAUUGCUACAGUAUUACAAAACCGUCAGGUUUAGGAGACAUAAUCUUACACAAGCCUGUUAAUAGUCUCUAUCUAGCUGGUCCAUCUUGUGAGGCAUUAUCUUGAACAUGUCAAGAUCCUUCAUAAGUGGUUUAACCAUCUGAGAAGCUUAGGAGUUAUUCAGGGAAUUUCUACAAUACAAGAGGAUAUAUUGACUGUUUGUUUAAAUACCAGGGAUUCUAAAUACUUCAUCCCUCGUCAAACUGACAGCUGUGGAUACACUACAUGAAUACAAGAGACAAAAGCUUCUUUGAACUACCCAUUUAUACAGACUGGAUGCACCUCUGGAUUUUUUUAAUUUAAUUUAAUUUAUUUAUUUGAUUGAGGUCAGUGGCUUGUCCAUCCACAUCAUGACCCAGUCAUUAGAUGAGAGGUUGGACUGAUUAACCCAUCAUGGCUUUUUUCUGGAGCAAAAUGUACAACAGGUGAAACACAAAUAGAGGAAUUCCUGUAAAAUGUAUCAUCAUAAUAGACCUGUAUCGUACAUGCAGAUGUGAUACUGCAUUUGAAAUCAACAGGUCUGUGGUAGAGCAUGUAAUGUACAAAUAAAGUCACAAAUUUGCAAUAUACUGAAGGAGCAAGCCAGUUUAUCAGGGCCUGGAUGUAACAGAAUCUUGUAUUCUAAUACAGAGGUGAUUCAGUAUAUCACCAUAUUUUGAACAGUUUUGACCAGUUGAAAAUAUUGUAAAAUAUCAGGUUAAGUGGCAAUAUUAGGUGUUAAUGUCCUCAAACUCCAGUAAAAGAGCAGUUUUGAUCUAGAAAGUGAAUUUAAAAAAUAUGUACCUGUAGCACCAGGACAAAUGAUUACUAAGUCAUUGGGACAACAACUCUAAUGAAUCAACAGACAUGCAGUUGUAUGGUCAUUUUGUAACGUUGUGCAGUUAGAAACAUGCUUAUUGCCUCUUACAAUAAUUUCAAUCAUCAUAGAAUAUAGUGUUUGAAAUUGAUGGAGGAUAUUCUGCGUGCAUGUGUAGUGAAUACAUUAUUGCAGGGUUGCUUGUAUUAAAGUAAGAGGGUGUCUGGAGGGUGCACCUACUUU